AUGAAGAUCGCCUUGGCUACUCUCCUUGUCGUGGCUGGCACAGCCAUUGCAGAUCCGGCUGCCAUGCAAGCCCGGCGGCCUCCGGAGCCUGGCUCAAAAUCAGCCCGCGAGCUUCUCGAUCUGGUCCAAAAUGGGUUACAGACCUGGGGCUUGGCGGGCAGCGUCAACGCUCUCAACGGAAACCCUAACGCUCCAUUGCGCAACAUGCCUGGUGGUAUGUCUGAGCUAAAUCGGCCCCGUCCCCCGAAGCAGGUCGGCGUGCCUGGAACACCAGGCAACCCCCUCGGGCCUCGCAAGAAGCAAGGGCGAAUCUACUCGCGUCGCAAGUCAUGCAUGAGGAAGCGCGCCAUGCGCUGCCCAGCCGGCACAACCAUGACCAAGAAGACGACCAAGUACCCGAAACUCCGCCUUAACGGACGAAGCGGAGCCAUGGUCGCGUUUACGACCCUUUCGCCUUAUGCUCAUGAUAUCCUGGCAGCGGUCAAGAAUUGGGACAACCCAGUUGGCAAGGCCGUAGCGUGGUUUGAUGGGGCGAUGGCAGAUCUUCAGGAAGCCAUUGGAGGAAAGAAUGUACCCGAGAUCAACGGCAACGAGCUCAAGCUAUGGCUGAUUUGCCUUUUUAGAAGCGAUAACCCAAGACAGCCAGACGCCGUUGACAAGGCAUGCCAGCGCCGUAAAAACGCGCCUACAGAGGAGCAGAAGCAGCAGCAGGCGGUUGACGGUCUAAAUCAGGUUUCAGAAGUAUGCGAGGCGGUUGAGGUGGACCCCCCCUCAGAUAAAAACUUAGAAACCAAGGUGUUGAGGUCCUGUAGCAAAUUUGCCGAGAGCCUGGAGAGCAUGGUCGAUGCCAACGCGGGACUAGUUCUAAUGGGAGAGGUGGCUCGCGCUCGAACGCUCAACAACCAAGAUAUCGGAGACUUCGACCAGACUAUGGUCGAAGAGUUCAUCGAAAAAGGUGCAUUCGGCCCAGCUACAAACCAAAUGGAAACGAGUGAGAUCGCCUCUCUGUACCUGGCUCACAUGUCUGCCUAUAACAUCGUUGAAGUGGAAGAUGAUACCUCUAGGGUGAUGAUCAACCACGACAAGCCGCCGGUGUUUCUCGAGUUGCUACAGAUGGAAGCGUCUUUUAUUCCAGAAGACAGAGCCGACGUGACCCAGGCGCUGCUGCUAAUCGAUGGCAGCCCCCAUCUUCGCCUGUUUGAUACAGAGGGAAGGAUGACUAUGGAGCCGGUCGAGACUUGCUGGGACCAGGCGAGCUUGUUGGCGUUUCAGCCUCCUGAGUGGGAUAAGGUUGCUGCGGGCAUCGUUUAUCUAGAGCGUAAGGUGCGGGAGACCGGCAGCGACCUCGCGUGCGCACCGUGCAUCGCGCGCUCGGGCUCCUGGGUGCUGCGUUGCGGAGCAGCCGAACCCUAG